AUGUCCGUUCAACGCUCUCCAAACAAAACUAAUUUUGGAACUGUCACACCAUUGCACCAUGUGUCAGACCCUGCGCUUUACUCGGCAGAAAAUCAGGAAAGCGCAAAAGCUAAUGUUGCGAAAAGAACUAAGCGGCGACUUAAUAAUCCAUCAAAUUCUGAUAGCUUAUCGUUGUCAGAUUUAAUGACUAGAUUGGACGAAAUAAAGCGCCUCCAUGAAGAAAAGUUUAGCUCUUUGGAAUCAGCAAUAAAUUUUUUGGCUGUUCAAAAUGAUGAAAUCAAGACUACAGUGGUUCAUUUGUCUCAAAAGUACUAUGAUGUGAUUGAAACUGUGAAUGGGCUGCGGCGGGAAAACAAUGCCUUAAAGAAACACAUCAAGACACUGGAUUCUAAAAUUGAAUACCUCGACAACAAUGCGUGCUCCACGGCACUUGAAAUUAAAAACAUCCCACCACUGGAAGAUGAAAGUAAAGAUAGCUUAUUAGAAGUCACGAAGAAACUGGUUGCUGAAAUUAACGUUCCUUUUCAAGAUUCGGAUGUUUGUGAUGUUUUUAGGAUAAAGCUCAAAGCCAAGUCUACUGGUCCAAUAAUAGUCAAACUUGUAUCUGCCCUAAAAAAAGAAAGUAUCUUAAAAGCAAUACGGAUAUAUAAUAAGGAAAAAUCUAGUGAACAACGCUUGAAUACUGGUAUCUUGAGAAUGAAGGGUCCCGCUGCUCCUAUUUACGUUUCUGAGUCACUAACAGCAACUGCCAGACGACUACACUACUUAGCUAGGGACUUAGUUAAGACUCACAACCUCGCAAGCUGCUGGACUUCCUUUGGCAAGGUCUAUUUGAAGCGAAAUAUCAACGGGCCUCGUAUACGUGUAAGUUGUGAGGAAGAUAUUGAACACAUUAAGAAAACAAUCUGA